CAUCACUACUAAAAAUAAAAUCAAACACUCUCACUAAAAGGUGACCGGAACACCAUUUCUAUCAUCGAAUUAUAGAUUCAUCUACAGAGCUUUAUUUACGAAUGGCUGAUUUUGGCUCUUAACUGCGCAAUUUAAUUCAAGUUUUUUAAACAGAAAGAAAAACUAUGGAUAACCAGCCCGCUAAAAGGAUUGAAAACAGCUCAAAAUCGGAUAGAAUCAGCGACUUGCCGAGUAACAUCAUAGAUAAUAUUCUAGUUUGUCUGCCCAUUCAUGAAGCAGUGAAGACUAGUAUCUUGUCCAAGAAUUGGAGGUGCAAGUGGAGAUAUAUUCCCAAAUUGGUAUUUGAUGAUACAUUUUAUGAAAUGUCGGUAUGGCCUUCUGUCGAAGAACCUAACAUUGCUAAACUCUUUCUUAAUGUCUUAAGAGUUCUAUUACUUCACCAUGGAUCCAUCUUCAAUUUUACUUUUAAUAUUCCGUUGUUAGAGAACUCUUCUGAGAUUGACAUAGUGAUGCUUUACCUGACCAAGAAAGGUGUUCAUGAAAUUGUCUUUGAUUUUGGAGAAGAUGGUUAUGAAAUUCAUAGAUUGCCAUCAACUCUGUUCUCAUGUGUGACAUUGAGGAGCUUGACCUUGUCGUCGUGUAUUUUCACCGUUCCGUUGGCAUUUCAAGGAUUUGUUAAGUUGAUUUCUCUUAAGUUUGAGUAUGUUCGUUUUGAAACCAAUGUAAUUGAAACUUUCAUCUCCAAAUGCCCAUCACUUGAAACACUUUCUAUAAAACACUGUUACAAUGUUGGUAACCUCGAUAUUGACAUUCCUUAUCUGAAGUUCUUUCAGUUUGCUGGUUCUUUUAAGGCUAUUUGUUUUAGAAAAACUAGUCCGCAUCUUUCAACAGUUGUAUUUGAUGAAGAUUUUGACGGACCCUAUCCCUCUGAACCAACCAAGCUUUUCGAAUGUCUGUCUGUUGUCGAGCACUUGCGCCUCGGAUGUAUCGCUUUGGAUUACCUUUUUUAUGGAAGAAAGCCGAUGAAACUUUCUCUUGGUUGUCUUAGAGUUCUUGAACUGCCUGAAAUACGUUUUUGGUGUGCGAGAAAUAUCUUUGCUGUUCUUUGCUUGAUCGUGAACUCUCCCAACUUAGAGAAGCUGGAGAUGGGGUCUCUUGGAGCUAGUGAAGAUAUAGAUCCUCUUGCUCCAGAACUUUUAAAAGUACAAGACCUCUUACACAAUGCACUGAAAAAACUUCGAGUGGUGAAGAUGAAUUUUGCAGAAUCACGAGUAGAACAAUUAAAACCUGAACUUGAUUUUAUUAAGUUUCUAUUGGCUGAAUCAGUAGUACUUGAAAAGAUGUAUAUGCAGCCUGAUGAAGCAAGAGUUCGUGGGGAUGGACAGAAGAUUUUGAAAGAGGUACUUCGAUUUCAAUGUUCAUCAAAGAAAGCCAAAAUUGUAGUACUUAAAUCCUGAUGAUGGUGAAGUUAGUAGUGAGUGAUGAUGGUGAUGGUAGGAAUUAGGAUGUUGAUUAUGAAAAUGUUGUGUUAGAAAUUUAUCUAUUAAGUAGUGACUGCCAUUUUUGAAUUUAUAAAUUGUCAGUUCUUAUUUCGGUUUAAGGAUAUCGUUUUGAUUUGGCA